AUGAAUUUCUUCUCUUUCCGAACCUCGAGCCACCGCUGGAUCUUCGAAAUCCAUUUGGAAAGAAUAUGCCUGCAAAAAAGGGCCUCGGAAAAAUCGUCCAUGGCGUCGAGAUGUGGGAAUUCGGGGAACCCAACCCGAAGGGAGGCCAAGUCGAACCCGGUGGCCAGCAAACAAGGCGUCCACCAUGUACCUAUUGAACGCGGCCUGCAAGUCGACAACUUGAUUGUUCAAUGCCGCGUGAUCGAGGACCGUGAUCGCCGGUGGCAGAGGGAUCGAAGUUGGGCUUGGGGAAAAUAUGGAGACGUGGAUUGUGCGCGCAAUUGA